UGGAGAGAGAAAGUUAAUAGGCCUUAAAAGCCAUGAUAGCCAUAUUAUAAUGCAGUAUUUGCUUCCCCUGGCUAUCCGGUAUGCUCUCCCUAAAUAUGUUGCAAGGAUCUUUAUAGAGCUAAGCUCAUUUUUUCGCAUCUUGUGUACUAAGGUGGGAACUGUUGGCACUUUCAAUUCUUUGUCAAAACGGAUUGCAAUAGUUUUGUGCUUGUUAGAGCAUUUAAUGCCUCCAGCCUUCUUUGACGUCAUGGUUCACUUGCCAAUCCACCUAGCUGAUGAAGCUGCCAUUGCUGGUCCAGUACAUUUCAGAUGGAUGUUCCCAAUUGAGAGAUUUUUAGGAACACUGAAGAAAUAUGUUCUAAACAAAGCUAGGCCUGAGGGCAGCAUUGCAGAAGGCUACAUUGUGGAAGAAUGCCUAUCAUUUUGCGGCAUGUAUCUUGGUGAUACCACAGUGGGACGUAUAAAUCGGCCGGGGCGGAAUGCUGAUUUAACUGACAGUGGAAAACGUGUUGGGCUAUCUGUGUUUGCAAAUCCUGGAAGAUCACUUGGUGAGUUUAAAUUAUUCCAGCUAGAUGAUGCGGAAUGGAAUAGGGCACAUCGUCAUGUCUUGGACAAUACACCUGAAGUUUGGCCAUAUAAACGGGAGUAUGUUGAACGUGAGACAAGCAAUUUAGGCCCACGUGUGAGUGCAAUGGCUGCGGCUAAUCAAGCAAAUUGCUCUUUCCCUGCAUACUUUGGCGACCUGAUUGAUGACGAUUACAUGAAUGGAGUUGGUGAUAUUAGUGAGGAUUUUUUAGCCCUAGCUAGAGGUCCUACCCGGUGGGCUAGGCGUUGGACCAAGUAUAUUAUGAAUGGAUAUAGGUUUCAUGUUAAAUCUGUUGAUGAUGGUAAAACACAGAAUAGUGGUGUGUUUGUCGAAAUGGAGACAGAUAAUUAUGCUACGGUCAAUGACCCUAAUCCUAAGUCUGAUAUGGUGGAAUACUAUGGCAUAUUAAAAGAUAUAAUAGAACUGAACUAUCAGAAUGGCCGUAAAGUAGUGUUAUUUGAUUGUGAUUGGGUGAACGGAAGGCUUCGUCGAAGUGGAAUUAAGAAGGAUGAUUUUGGAUUCACCAUGGUAAACUUUGAACGGUUGCUACCACCUCCGGACACUUUGGUUUUUGGUGGACAAGCACAGCAGGUGUUUUAUGUGCAAGAUCCAAUUGAGAAAGAGUGGCAUAUUGCGGUGAAUACAACGCCUAGAGAUUACUUUGCUAUGGGGAUGACCACAAAUCAUGACCUAGUACCGCCACAAGAGUUGGACAAUUCAAUGAUGGAGGAUGAUGAAGUAGAGGGAAGAUGGGAUAUGACAGACAUUCCGACAGCAGAAGACCAGAUGUGUUCUGAAGGUGAACCAUGAAUUUCCAGUUUCCAAUUGCUUUAUGUCUUGAAAAAUUAUGUGUCAUUUUGUGUAUAUUGAAUGAGCCUGAUUCAAUUUGUAGACAUCAAUUAGUUUCACCUUAUAUCAGUCCAUUGAUGAAGCUGGUGUAAUGUGUACAAUGUGUAAUGUAAUGAAGUUUUUGGUACGUUUACCAAAUCUAGUUAUUAUA